UCCAUCCAUCUUACGAACGGGUUGCAGAUGCUGGAAACAGGCUCGGGGAACAGCGAACGAGUGGUAGCCUAGGUCACAGUUGUGGAGACUGAUUGGCCGUUAGCGCAUGUGUACCGUAUACAAUUCUGACUUAUCAUCGCAAACAUUUGAGGGCUAGCCGCCUGGCUUUUUGGUCGACGGUACUAGACUCAAUAUCUCCGACGUCGCUCUAGGAGUCCUGUGUUGCUUUUUCUUCAAAAGCAGCACGGCUCUUCCUAGUGUUUAAAAGGCCUGAGUAUUCAGGCUUUUUCUACCAACAAGUCUUUCAAUCUGGACAGAUAAUUCUAUUUUUCUACUGUUCCCCUAUAAAUGCAGUAGAUAGUUAGGAAAGAACACUCAUUAGCUCAAAAUGACAUCGUACGAACACGUACGAUGGGGCAUUCUGCUCAUAUGUAUGAUUGGAAAAAUAUCAGCACAAAGGAUUAACUACGAACGAAAUGGCUUACUGGAACCCGAAAUGCGAGACUGCUUGCUUGGCGACCAACGUAUUCCUCAUGGAGGAUCAUUAAGUAAAUGCUCAGUGCUUGAUUUUUGCGAGUGUUUUGAUGGACAAGUGACCUGUAAUAAGAUCCAAUGUGAAUUUGUGGAGUGCCUAGCGGGUCAGUACCUUGAUAUCGUGGAAAAUUCACCGACACCAUGCUGUCCCAUUUGUGUCCAAAGCGCCGGAGUCGUGAAAAAGCAGGAUAAUAUGCAAAAUGGUCAGCUCCUCGGAAAAAUUGGUGUCGUGGCCGACGAGAAAGCCGGCCCAGCCAUGCUUGGACUUCCUACCACAAUGACACAGGGAUCUCCAGGACCUCGCGGACCCCAGGGACCGGUCGGUCCAGGUGGACCACAGGGAUUUAUGGGAAUGAGGGGAGAGCCAGGAGAGCCAGGACCACCAGGACCUAUAGGAUCACGAGGAUUCCCAGGGCCGUCCGGUCCACCAGGGGCUGAUGGUGACGAGGGUCUGCCGGGAGAACAAGGACCAUCUGGACCAAUCGGUUCUUCUGGAAACUCAGGACGUCCGGGAAUGCCCGGUCUGCCAGGACCAAAGGGACACAGGGGAUUCCCCGGUUCCACCGGAAAAGAAGGACCAGGAGGACCACAGGGACAAAAGGGACCAUCUGGAGUCUCUGGCCCCCCAGGAGCCCCAGGACCUAUGGGACCAACAGGGCCACUGGGAGAGCGCGGUAGGGAUGGAUCUCCAGGAUCAAUGGGUCUUCGUGGUAUGGACGGAACUGCAGGGGAGAGUGGAUCUCAGGGACCAACAGGUAAUCCAGGACCUCCAGGUUUCUCUGGCAGUGUAGGACAAAAGGGAGAUGGCGGGCAAUCUGGUCAGCGUGGUCCAAUGGGUCUUACAGGACCACCGGGCGAGAACGGAAUCUCUGGACCACCCGGCACCCCCGGACAAGCCGGACGACCUGGGAGUGACGGUGCAGGUGGCCCAAAGGGAGAAACGGGUCUGCAAGGUGCUCCAGGUUCCCCAGGAUUCCCAGGACCCCAGGGUGGCCCUGGCGAGUCUGGAGAGUCGGGCCAAAUGGGCAUGAAGGGAGAUCCUGGAAUGAAUGGUGCGAACGGUCGUGAGGGAAGUCCAGGACCACAAGGUCUAAGUGGAGCCCAGGGUGAACGCGGACUUCCGGGAUUGGCUGGAAAUCCAGGAACACGCGGAGCACAAGGAUUACCUGGAACAAUGGGACCGCCAGGAAUAUCUGGAGACAGGGGAGCACAAGGAGUUCAGGGAAUGCCAGGAGCCAUGGGACCACCAGGUCAACAAGGAAAUGACGGAGAGCGAGGACAGUCAGGAGAACCCGGCGAGCCAGGAGAGAAUGGACAACAAGGAUCAGCUGGUUUGCCAGGAUCACCAGGACCAAGAGGACAACCAGGAAUUGGUGGAAACAAUGGACGCCAGGGACCGCCGGGACCAGGUGGUGUACCAGGGGAAUCGGGAAAGGGUGGUGAGCAAGGACCAACGGGACCAGCAGGUGUACCAGGACUGCCAGGAGCAUCUGGAUCUAAAGGAGACGAGGGUAGCCCUGGAAGAGAUGGAGAAACGGGACCGCCUGGAAGAAGUGGACCACGUGGUACGAAGGGACCUGCAGGGGAAUCAGGACCUGCUGGAGGACCAGGGGCCUCAGGCCCACAAGGUGAGCGUGGCGAGUCUGGACCCAUUGGAGAACCAGGAUUCCAGGGAAUAACAGGGCAGGCAGGAUCUCCAGGAGAGUCUGGAAGGACUGGAGAACCAGGAAUCAUGGGAGAGCCCGGAGUGCCUGGAGAGGCUGGAGGCAGAGGCGACCGAGGGUUCACCGGAGAGCCUGGACCUUCUGGACCGACUGGUGCACCAGGAGAGAGGGGAGGCGAGGGACCACCAGGAGAAGUCGGACAAUUCGGACCACCGGGAGCAACAGGAGAACGCGGAGAUAGCGGAUCCCAGGGACUUGUAGGACUUCCAGGAGAAUCUGGGCCGCCAGGUCUGAAUGGAAAACAAGGUUUUGUGGGAGAACCAGGAGGGGUCGGAGCACCAGGUUUGCAAGGUGUACCAGGAGAACAGGGAGCACCAGGCGCACCCGGACUUGUCGGACCUGCCAGUCUCACAAUGCCAUUGAAGGGAGACCGUGGAGCACCUGGAGAGGCCGGAGCAUCAGGAGAACCCGGAGAGGGGGGAUCAAGAGGAUACGCUGGAGCACCAGGAGCAUUGGGACCAAUUGGACCACCAGGACCGGCGGGCGAGAGCGGACCUGAAGGAGACUCAGGCAAAAGUGGACCACGUGGUGACCCAGGCCCGAGAGGAUACCCAGGGGAGCCCGGAGCUACCGGAGAAACAGGCAAUGAUGGACUUAACGGUGCACCGGGGUCUACCGGAGAGACUGGCUCUAUGGGAAUGGCUGGAUCCCCUGGGGCUCCUGGAAGGCCAGGACCCACCGGCUUAACAGGAGAGAAGGGUAACACCGGAAUGGCUGGACCAGGCGGUAGGGCAGGAGAGCAGGGAGAUCGUGGAGAAAUCGGACCACCAGGACCUCCGGGUCCCACAGGCACUAAUGGCUUCCCAGGAGCAGAUGGAUCACCUGGCGACAGAGGAAGCGACGGACAAAUUGGAGCGCAAGGAGGUACCGGGCCUACUGGACCCCAGGGAGAGAGAGGUGGACCAGGAUUCCCCGGAAUGCCAGGAGAGAUUGGACCCCAGGGAGAAGCUGGACCACAGGGUCCGACAGGUAAUUCAGGAAAAGACGGUCAAGACGGUAUCCCAGGACCACCAGGCUCACCAGGACCAAUGGGAACCGCCGGAUACCCUGGUCUGCCCGGAGAGACAGGAGUUCCUGGUAUGGAUGGCAACAUGGGACCCCCAGGCUACUCUGGUGCAAAGGGAGAUAGAGGACCGUUGGGCUCAAAUGGAAUUCAAGGCCCCCCUGGACCACAGGGAUCAAUGGGAGCAAGCGGUUCUACAGGAGAACAAGGGGAAAGAGGAGAAAGGGGAGCGCCAGGAGAGAGUGGCCCAGUCGGAGCACCAGGACAAAUUGGACAUUCGGGACCAGCAGGAGCUCAAGGAGACAAGGGAGACUCGGGCGCACCAGGCGCAAGGGGAGAUAAGGGAUGGCCAGGUCUGCCAGGUGGACAGGGACUUCCUGGACCACAGGGAAAUCCAGGUGAUAUGGGACAUGCUGGACCUCCAGGACCCCCAGGACAACCAGGAAACGCAGGACAGCGUGGAUCUAGUGGCCGUGAUGGAGAGCCAGGUGCCGUCGGAUUACCAGGACCACAGGGACCUCGAGGACCAUCCGGAAAUGAUGGUGAUUCCGGUCCAGCUGGACCACAAGGGCCCCGUGGAGCACCAGGACCUCCAGGAUACGCCAUGGCAAGGCCAAGCCCACAAACAUCAUCUAAAGGAGGUGACUGGAUGUACGAUCAAGCUCUUAUGGCACUCCCAUCGAAAUUCCUGACAAGCUUACAGGAUUCCAUCUCCCGUUUAGUUGUACCAGACGGAUCCAAGGAUGCACCUGCCCGAGAUUGCGCCCAAUUAUAUGAUACUCAGACUGAAGAGGCUAGAGCACAACUCAAAAACGGGUUUUUCAUGAUCGACCCCGAUGGUAUGGAGAUUAAUAACGCAAUCAGAGCAUACUGUAGGUUUGAGGAGAGAGAGACAUGUAUAACACCGGGAAUUAAUGAGUUAACAUGGGAUACCGUUGAAUCAUUCAUUGAUAGCAUAAAAGAGUUCUAUUACAAAGCCGAUAAUACGCAGCUCAGUAGUUUACAAUUGGCCAGUGAGGAAGCACGACAAACUAUUACAUACAAGUGUCUAAAUCACGAUAUACACCUCGCCACCACCUCCUUUGAAACCUUCCAAGGCAUUGAUGUCAUGGCCAACAAGCCUAACGGUGCUAAGCCCCGCCAUGUUGAUGUUAAGAUAGACGAGGAUAACUGCAAUAUACCCGGCCAAUGGGGAAGGAAGGUAUUCAGCUUUGUGUCAAGGAGGGCUUCGGCACUGCCAAUAGUAGAUGUAGACAUUAAUGCAAAUGAUAUUACCGGUAGCAAUAAGGAGUUUAAAAUAGAAUUAGGCGAAGUUUGCUUCAGAAAGAACUAAUUAAAUUGAUAAAUCAAAUUUCAUUCUUUUAAACUUUUGCUUGAAAUCAUGGCAGACGUUUGGUACUUGAAAUCGUGGCAGAAUCUACACAUUUGGUAUACAAAUCGAAUAUAGACCAUCUCCAGAUAGAUGGUGUGAUACAUAAUACUGAGUCUCGAAACACUAUGGUAAAUCAUGGCGAUACCUACUUAACAUCUCCAUUGAAGAACAAUGGGUAACAAAAGUGAAAUAAUACGGGACCAUUUUUUCUUCGGAAGAAAUAAAAUAUGAGCAAAUGUGUGUAAAUAUGAGCAAAUGAGUGAAUACGUGCUGAAUUGGUGAUACUUAUUCAUUUAAGAACAAGAGAACACAUAGUCGGUUAAUAUCAUUUGACAUAUUUACGAAAAUUCAAAUUCAUGGCAAAUUGGAAUAUAAUAAGGGCAACCAUAGCAAUUUGAUAAACCAUGUUAUAUGUUCUCUUUUUCUGAUAAAGGGAGAUAACCUUAUCACAUCCGUCCAUAUGUAACUAUCACUGUUUCAUCGUCUUUCCUUCCUGUCUAUGCAUAUUUAUAGGGGAAUACAAUGUGAUUCCUGUUUAGAUUUAUAAACAGGGAAUUAUACAAAUACAUGUAUAUGUAAAGGGAUAAAACACUUCUUGCCUCAGGAGGUGUUAACAAUAUAUUACUACUGUGUUGGUGUAAUAUUGGCACUCUAUGAAAGUGUCAUUAUUUAAAUUCUAAUUAGGGUCAAAACUCACAUACUAUAUUUUUCUACCUCUCAUAUUUUCAUCAUUAUCAUCAAUUUUUUUAUGCGACGUCAUUUCAAACACUAAACAGUAGCUAACGGGGAACAAAAUAAAUUUUAUUAAGUUGA